AUGGCCGAACAACAUGAAGAGCCAACCCACCAUCAAAAUAACCCGGAAAAGCGCGGCAGUGGGUCGCCUAUCGACGUCCUUCCUCCGUUGCCGCCCCUAAUAGCCGCCCACCAUCCGCCGGGACCCCAUCGCUCUUACUCAGAACCCGUCCCAAUGAUCAACCAGCACCACCAUACUCGCCAACCACCACGCACGGGAAACUCUUCUUCAACCGACGAUGAUGAGGAGGUCUUGGUCCGCGUCCUUGAUCCCUCCAAGCUCGAAGAAAACAUACCCUCGUUCGAGGACUGGAAACCCGGCAAGCAGGAGCUGGCAGUCAUGAUCACCAUGGCUGUCAUCAGUCUUAUGGUCGCGCUCGACGCCACCAUCCUCGUGUCUGUUUUGCCCACCCUGGCUGAAGACUUUGGGGGAACAUCGACCGACGCCUUCUGGGCGGGAACAUCUUACCUGCUUACAUGCGCCGUGUGCCAACCCUUUAUCGCGGCGUUGUCGGACAUUUUUGGGCGCAAGGAGAUGCUCUUUGCGAGUGUCCUGCUCUUCACUCUGGGCACGGCUCUGUGCGCACCCAUUGCGAAGGGCUUUGCAGUGUUCUUUGCUGGCAGAUCGGUGCAGGGAAUUGGGGGUGGUGGGAUCAUCACCAUGGGCCAGGUCAUCUUUGCGGACAUCGUGCCGCUGAGGCAGCGGCCAAAGUAUUUUGCUAUCGUGCUGGCAGCGUGGGCGCUGGGGAGCGUGCUGGGACCGUUGAUUGGAGGACUCUUUGUUGAACAUGCGAUUUGGAGGUGGUGCUUUUAUCUGAACUUCCCCUUUUGCGCCAUGGGCUUGCUUCUUGUGCCCGCCUUUGUCAAACUCACCACCAAGAAAACCUCUCUGGGCUCCAAGCUGACCAGAGUCGACUGGCUCGGAGGCUUCCUCUUCAUCGGAGGACUGACCAGCUUUCUGGUCGGUAUGUCCUGGGCUGGUAUCCAGUUUGAGUGGCGCAGUGUGCAGACCAUCGUGCCUAUGACCGUUGGCGGUGUCAGCGUCCUCGCCUCUAUCGUCUGGGAGAGGUACGGCGCCCGUGAACCCUUCCUUCGCGCAUCACUCUUCCGCUCGCGCUCCGCCAUCGCUGCCUACGGCUGUGCCCUGUUCCAAGGUCUCAUCCUGUUCUGCGCCCUCUACUACGUGCCCUUCUACUUCACUGCCGUUCGCUUCACCUCGCCCACCCAAUCCGGCCUCAAUAUCUUCCCUGUCACCUGCCUUCUCCUUCCAGGAUCGAUCAUUAUCUCUCUCAUGACGUCCCGCCUGGGACGCUUCCGCUGGUCCAUCUGGAGCGGCUGGGUGCUCGCCACCAUUGGUUGUGGUCUGCUCCACUACCUGAGGCAAGACACCAAGACGGCCAUCUGGGCCGUGAUCCUCGCCAUCUUCGGCAUCGGCCACGGCAUGCUCCUGACCAGCGUCAACGUCGGCAUCCAAGCCAUCAGCCGGGUCGAGGACGCCGGCAGCGCCGCGGCCAUGUACGCCUUUAUGCGCACGCUCGGCAUGUCGCUCGGCGUCGCCAUCGGCGGGACCGUGUUCCAGAACGUCAUGGUCAAGCGGCUGGGGGAGCUCGGCCUGCCCAUCGAGAUCGCCCACAAUUCGGAGCAGUUCGUCCGCCAGAUGGCAGCCAUGGACCCCAAAGAUCCCGUGCGCAUCGGCGCCCUUGACGCGUACGUUGCCGGCUUCCACGGCGUCUACUGGACCAUCACCGGCGCCGGUGUGGCCGCGCUGAUCUGCAGCCUAUUCAUCCAGCGCCAUAGCAUGGAUAAGAUCCUCGAGUCCAAGUUCGUCUUGCGCGGCGCAAAGGUGCCGCCUGUUAUGUUUACCAAUGCAAAGCCGGGGCAGACGGUGACGGCGCCGGCGCCUGUCACGGCUGUUGUCUCGAAUCCGCAUAACGAUAACAACCACCACCAUGGUGGUAGAACCGCCGCUCCCGAUACAGUCGCAACCGGACGUAACAGCGAGAGACUUCCCAGGAUCUUCGGUAGUGGUGGUAGUGGUGGAGGUGCCGCUCAUUCGCCCGUCCCGUCAAAGCCAGCUUCGACAAAGUCCACUGGUACCGACACAGAUGAUAACAGCAAUGGAAAAGAAGCGGUGGUGGAAGAGCACCACAACAACAGCAACGGUACCUAUGACUGUGCGCCUUCCUCUUCCAUCAGCACAGACAACAACAAUAGCAAUAAAAACCGAGCCUGUGAGCAGCAGCAGCAGCAAUUGGAGAAAGAGACGCACCAGCAGUCGCAGUCGCAAGAUGGAGAAACAUCCACCGAUUCGGAGGCAGCAAGAUGGGAGCAAGCCGUGGCUGUGACCUACUGUAACGAGCCCGACGGACAGCGAUACCCCGUCUUUAUGCUCGCCGAGGAUACUUCACAGACGCAGACACAGACACAAACACAUGGACAGGAGGCCGCUGUUAAUCACCACGCCCAGGUUUCGAACAACAACAACAACAACAACAACGUUGGUCCAGGCGGCAGCGGCAGCGGAAGCGGAACCUCCAACAGACACUCAACCGUCUCGACCGCUUCCCUCUCUUCCUCCUCCUCGGCCAGCUCCGCGGACUCAGCCGGUUCAUCUCGACCAUCCACAUCUUCGUCGUCGUCGUCACCAUGCGGUGGCGUCAGUGAUAAAGAAAACAUUGAAAACGACCCCGCUGACCUCGACUCUUCAUCUUCCUCCGUCUCUUCCUCCGCCUCUGGGAAUGCUGAAGUCGAGCUCCCUCGCACAGGAAUUCUUCUGGUCCGACAAGUCGAAGUCGUCUCCAUCCCCCGGGCGGAGCUCGAGGCGGCAAGAGAGGAGGAGAGACAUGCUGAGAUUGAGGUCCCGUCGUCGUCAUCGUCGUCAUCGUCGGUUAGGGAGAGUGGUGGGAAGGUGCGAGUGAUGCCGACGGAUUUUCAUGGAGAGCAACAGCAGCAACAGAGACAGGAACAGCAGCAGGAGAAGCAGCAGGAACAACAGGAACAACAGCAGGAACAUUGGGAACAAGUACCUCUACAGAAAACCACCUCCCCAGCACCAGAGGCUGGAAGGACUCUGUCCCAGUCCUACGAAGAUGCCCAGUCGGAAGUCAGUGGUGGCGAAGGUGAGAUCACGGUAGCGAGACCACCGGGUGGGGUUAGUAAGGGGGUAUGGGACGCGUAA